CUCACCGUUGCUCGUUCUACACCGAUAACACUGAGAACCAAUCAACCCUGUGAAAAAAACACACACACACGCAGAGCAGAGAGAAUCUCAUCUCAGCAGCGCAAAGCAAACGCAAACUGUAAUCUAAAAGGAAGUACGGGUAAUCAUAAAUCUCGGCCGAAAUCGGCGAUGGCGGCCGCGGGUAAAUCCCGAUCCGUAAACAGCUCAGCGAGUCCCCCCGAUUUUACUUCAAAAAUCAGUCUCUCAUCUCAUCAAAUCAAGUACUGCUCUCAAGCUCUCACCUUUUUCAAGGAUAAGAUCAUUAAUCACCGCCGCUCACUCAGUCAAGAAUUCGAUAUGUUGCAGGCCAAUCGGAUGAGAGCAUUGGAAGCGCAAAAUAGGUGUUCAGUGGCCUACAACUCAAAUAAUAUUAGCAAGAACCGUUAUACAGAUGUUAUACCUUUUGACGAUAACAGGGUUGUCCUGAACCCGUAUAAAGAUUAUCGACCACCAACUGAAGGAUAUAUCAAUGCAAGCUUAAUUACGACUUCAACAUCUGAAAGCGUUUCACGGUUCAUAGCGACACAAGGUCCACUGCCGCACACCUAUGAAGAUUUUUGGGAGAUGGUACUGCAAUAUCGCUGCCCAGCUAUUGUGAUGCUUACUCGAUUGGUUGAUAAUUACAAGACACAAAAGUGUGGAGAUUAUUUUCAGGCCGAAGAUGGUUCACGAGAAUUUGGCAAUAUAUGCAUCAGUACUAAAUGGAUAAAGACAACCAAAACUUCCUUAGUUCUGCGUAAUUUGGAGGUCAAGUACAAGGAGUCUGAAGAACCACCACUAGAUGUUCUGCAUAUUCUGUAUCCUGAAUGGCCUGAUCAUGGAGUUCCCCAAGACACCCUUGCUGUUCGUGAGAUUUGGAGAAGAUUAUGUAAUGUACCUCCUACUGCAGGACCUGUUGUGGUGCACUGCAGUGCAGGUAUUGGUAGAACUGGCACAUAUUGCACAGUUCACAAUACAAUCCAGAGGAUUCUUGCUGGGGAUAUGUCCGCUUUGGAUCUUGUUAAAACUGUAUCUCUGUUUAGGUCACAGCGAAUGGGAAUGGUUCAGACAAAGGAACAAUACUUUUACUGCUAUCAUGCAAUUAUUGAAGAACUAGAAGACCUCAUCUCAGAAUACAAUGGUAGCAGGAAUACCUAAUGUUAUGCUCAUCGGUUUUGGGUUGGAUCUGGUACAGGUUCAUGCUCCAUAUGGAGAUCCCUAUGUUACUGAUCAAUAUGUUUAUAUUUCUAGAGUAUAUUAGUAUUUUAGAUUACUUUGUACUCAUCAGGUGCAUGAUUGACCUUAUUGUUUUGAUCCAUAGAUAGUGAACAAUCUGCAAUUUGGUAA